AAUUAAAAUAAUAUUUUUAUUUUUUUGUAAAAUGUUUUAUAAUAAUUUGAUUAUUGUGAAUAAAAGUGUGGUGAUUGUAUUGUUUAUAUUACUGACAAAUAAAAUUAAUUGUCAAUUUUUAAAUUUAACAAAUAAUUAUCAUAAUUUUGUGAUAACUAAAAUAAACAAUGAUGAAAUUGAAAGAACAAUUAAAUGGCAGGGAAUAUGUGCACGUGAAACAAUCAUAAAUAUGGGAAACACAAGUAUAGCACUGAGAGAAGUGUCUAUAAAAAGUGGUGAAAAUUUACAAUUAAUUUAUGAAAAUAACAAUCUAACAGAAUGCCUAAAAUCAAAUUCAAAUGGAAAUAAUAUUUGUGAAGAAUUAAAUAGUAAUAGCAGCAUUACAAAUAAUAAAAUAAAUAAAAUAGCAAAUUGGAUUACAUCAAUACCAUCAAUAAUAGCAAAAUGUAAAAAGCUUGAAUCAAAUAUUAUGAUUAAAAAUGAAAUAAAACACAGACGAAGUGAAAGAAGUUUACAACAAAUGGUUAUUGCACCUGGUACUAAAUGGUGUGGUCCACAUAGAACAGCAUCAUCAUAUAAAGAUUUAGGUGGACUAUAUAAUGUUGACAGAUGUUGUAGACGUCAUGAUCAUUGUUGUCGUUCAAUACCACCAUUUUCACAACGUUAUAAUUUUUGGAAUUACAUGCCAUUUACAUUGAGUCAUUGUGGCUGUGAUCAAAGGAAUGAUAAAAAUAUGGACAAUAAUAAUAUUGUUAAUAAAAAAAAAAUAAAAGUACAUAAAAUAAGAAGAAAAAGACGUGAUAUAUUUAUGAUACCUGGUACACAAUGGUGUGGUAAAGGUAAUCGUGCAACAAAAUAUACAAAUUUAGGAGGUUUUAGUAAAGCUGAUACUUGUUGUCGACGUCAUGAUAAAGCUUGUCCAUUUUAUAUUCCAUCAUUUGAAACACGUUAUGGAUUAUUUAAUUGGGGAUUAUCAACAGUUAUGCAUUGUACUUGUGACGAGCGUUUUAGAACGUGUUUAAAAAUGGCUGGUACAUCAUCAGCAAAUUUUAUUGGACGUAUUUUUUUUAAUAUUGUACAAACAAAGUGUUUUGUAUUAAAACCACAAAAACAUUGUGUAAAACAAAGCUGGUGGGGUAAAUGUGAAAAAUAUAAAUACAAAAAACAAGCACAUUUACGUGACAAUGUUUUAUAUUAA